CUACAUCUCUUCUACUAUCUUUCUCUCUAUCUUUGCACAUAAAAAAGGCUUAAACCCUUUUUUUCCAUUCAAAAGUGCAAAAAACAAAGAUCAUAAUCAUGCCAGAAACACCAAAGAUCACGCAGAAACCUACAGAUUACAGCCUGGAACUGAAGAACAAGAAAACCCUUCAGUUCAUUGAGGAUGUGACUUCAAAUGCUGAUGAAGUUCAAAGGAAAGUCCUGGAAGAGAUUCUUGAACGUAAUGCUCAUGUUGAGUACCUGCAAACACAUGGCCUCAAUGGUCACACUGAUAGAGGGAGUUUCAAGAAGAUCAUGCCUGUCAUCACCUAUGAGGAUAUCCAGCCUCAUGUUGAGCGUAUCGCCAAUGGCGAUACGUCUCCGAUCCUUUGUUCCAAUCCUAUUUCUGAGUUCUUGACAAGCUCGGGGACUUCAGGUGGGGAGAGGAAGCUGAUGCCGACGAUCGAGGAGGAGCUUGGGAGGAGGUCAUUGCUCUACAGCCUAUUGAUGCCUGUUAUGAGCCAAUUUUUCCCUGGUCUAGACAAGGUCAAAGGGAUGUAUUUUUUGUUUAUAAAAUCUGAGGCCAAGACACCUGGUGGCCUUGUGGCACGCCCUGUGCUCACUAGCUACUACAAAAGCAGCCAUUUCAAAGAUAGACCAUAUGACCCUUACACAAACUACACCAGCCCAAAUGAGACCAUUCUUUGUCCCGAUUCUUACCAAAGCAUGUACUCUCAAAUGCUUUGUGGACUUUGCCAACACAAGGAAGUCCUCAGGGUGGGUGCUGUUUUCGCCUCUGGCUUCGUAAGGGCCAUCAAAUUUCUUGAGAAACAUUGGCGUCUCCUUUGUAAUGAUAUAAGGACAGGUACCAUUGAUUCCCAAAUCACUGACCAAUCUGUCAGGGAGGCUGUUAUGAACAUCCUGAAACCUGAUCCUAAACUUGCCGAUUUCAUCGAGGCCGAGUGUAGCAAAAGUUCUUGGCAGGGUAUCAUAACAAAGUUAUGGCCUAACACAAAGUAUGUGGAUGUGAUUGUGACUGGAACCAUGUCACAGUAUAUUCCCACUCUUGAUUACUAUAGCAAUGGCCUCCCUCUUGUCUGCACCAUGUAUGCAUCUAGUGAAUGCUACUUCGGUGUCAAUCUUAACCCUCUUUGCAAGCCGAGUGAAGUUUCCUAUACUCUCAUUCCCACGAUGGCCUAUUUCGAGUUCUUGCCGAUUCAAAUGAACAAUGGGGUUACUAAUUCCAUUUCUGUGCCCAAAACUCUCAAUGAGAAAGAACAAGAACUGGUUGACCUUGUUGAUGUUAAGCUUGGCCAAGAGUAUGAGCUUGUUGUCACCACUUAUUCAGGCCUUUAUCGUUACAGAGUCGGUGAUGUGCUCAGGGUAGCAGGGUUCAAGAACAAUGCACCGCAGUUCAAUUUCAUAUGCAGGAAGAAUGUGGUUUUGUGCAUCGAUUCGGACAAGACCAAUGAGAUUGAACUUCAAAAUUCUGUGAAGAAUGCAGUGAACCAUUUGCUUCCGUUCGAUGCAACGUUGGCCGAGUACACCAGUUAUGCCGAUACCACUACAAUUCCAGGCCACUAUGUGCUCUACUGGGAACUCAGUCUCAAUGGUACCACCACAAUUUCUCCCUCUGUUUUCAAGGACUGUUGCUUGACUAUCGAAGAGUCCCUUAACAGCGUAUACCGCCAAGGGCGUGUAUGUGACAAAUCAAUCGGACCCCUCGAGAUCAAGAUCGUCGAACCAGGGACAUUCGACAAGCUGAUGGAUUAUGCCAUUACCUUAGGUGCAUCAAUUAACCAGUACAAGACUCCGAGAUGUGUGAAAUUUGCUCCCAUUGUCGAGCUUCUGAACUCAAGGGCCGUGUCUAGUUACUUCAGCCCUAAAUGCCCCAAAUGGUUCCCAGGACACAAGCAAUGGGGCAGCAUGAAUUAAGUGGAAUGAAUGGAAUAAUAAUACUCUUAAA